AUGAUGGAGUCGCUUCUGUCUCUCGCCUUCGACAACUUGUCGUCCUACGAUGGCCCCAAGGUCCGCAAGGGCCUGCGCCAGGUUGAAGGUCUGCUCGCCCAGAUUUGCCUCUCGAAUCCCCGUAACGACAACUCGCGCCGCAGCCGUGACCACGAAAACAACGGAGAGGCGUCGCCUGAACAAAAGGACCUCGCCGAGCUAUCCCAGGAUCCCGCUUUCCAGGAGUUCUUCAAGCUGCAGGAGGGAUUCGAGUGGAAUGUUGCCAUGCGCCUGAUCGGCACUCUCGACCGUCUCAUGGCUAAGGGCAGCGACGGACAGAAUGAUCUUUUGAUCCUCAAUGCCCUUGAUCUCAUUCAGGGAACUCUCCUGUUGCAUCCCCCCAGCAAGUCGCUCUUCUCCCGGGAGCAGAAUAUGAACCUUCUCCUCGAUCUCCUUGAGCCCUUCAACUGCCCGGCUAUCCAAUGCGCGACUCUUCUCACCCUUGUCACCGCUCUCCUCGACACUCCCCGAAACACUCGUACCUUUGAGGGCCUUGAUGGCCUUCUUACUAUCACCUCUCUCUUCAAGUCGCGCUCCACGGCCCGCGAGGUCAAGCUCAAGCUUGUUGAGUUCCUCUACUUUUAUCUCAUGCCCGAGUCGCCCUCCAUCCCCCGCGCCGACCAACGCGAUUCUGUUCCAGGCAUGCUUCAACGGAGCCCUAGCAAGCUUGCGGGCGCCUUUAACAACGAGGCCCGUCGCAAGCGAUCUGGCUCCGAUGCGGAUGACAUUUAUCUCACAACUGAGGAAAAGCAGGAGCUGCUCAGCCAACAUCUGAGCAGUGUCGAGGAGCUUGUGAAAGACCUCAGAAACUGCGCUCCCUUUGGGGGCGUCGUCUGCUAA